GCGGAAUCCCCUGAUUGAGUUCCGGGAGGGAAAUGCGAAGGCAGGGAAGGACACAGCACGGUCGCGGCCAGGAGUGGCAUUGAGGAAGCAGGGUGGCAGUCUCUCAGGUUUGGUUUAAAAUAAUCGUCAGCCCAGGAAGCUAAUCGCCUACGGUGACCCUUUUCGAGGUUGCUUCGGAGAGGAGGAGGGAAGAGAGUGAGAGACGGGGAAAGCAAGCCAAGAUGAAGGUAACGGCUCUUGAUUCUCGUCGACUCAAGCAACUGCUACGGAAGGAUCCUGCCCUGUGCCUUGUCCUGGACUGCAGACCGUACCUCUCCUAUUCGGCCUCUUGCCUCCGAGGAUCUCUCAACGUCAACCUCAACUCCGUGGUGAUCCGCCGCUCCCACGGGCGGCCCGUGCCUUUACAUUUCGUGGUGCCCGAUGAAACGGCUCGAGGGCGGCUUCUGCUGCCGCCGGCUUGCGCGGAAGAAAGAGGAGGGGACGCGGGGACGCCUCGGACGUUGUCGGCGGUGGUAGUCCUGGAUCAAAACACCAGACACUGGCGAAAGCUCAAGAAAGAGAGCACGGCGCAGAUCGUGCUGAACACGCUGUCCGCCAGCGUGCCGGAGGCUGGAGCCCGGGUCUGUUUCCUAAAAGGAGGCUACGAAACCUUUUACUCACAAUAUCCAGAGUUCUGUGUAGAUGUAAAACCUGCAUCCCAAGAGAGGAUUGAAACUGAGAAAAGCAUCAACGGCUUGCAUGAGAAGCAAUGCAUCCACCAGAAGCCAGCAUAUGAUCAGGGUGGCCCAGUAGAAAUCCUGCCUUUCCUAUACCUUGGCAGUGCCUAUCAUGCUUCUAAGUGUGAGUUCCUUGCCAGCCUAAACAUUACUGCACUCUUGAAUGUCUCCAGAAAGAGUUCUGAACCCUUUACCAAUCAAUUCUGUUGUAAGUGGAUUCCAGUGGAGGACAGUCACACAGCAGACAUCAGCUCACACUUCCAAGAAGCUAUAGAAUUUAUCGAUUGCACCAGAAGGGCAGGAGGCAAGAUCCUGGUGCACUGCGAAGCAGGGAUUUCUCGCUCUCCCACAAUCUGCAUGGCUUAUUUGAUGAAAACGAGAAAGUUCCGCCUGGAGGAAGCAUUUGACUACAUCAAGCAACGGAGGAGUCUAAUCUCACCAAACUUCAGUUUCAUGGGGCAGCUGCUGCAGUAUGAGUCAGAAAUUCUGUCUUCAGCUCCUAGCCCUCCUGUCACGUCUUGCAAAAGGGAUGCUGUGUCUUUCUUCACAGAAGAGCUGGCUCUGAGCAAAAGUUUUUCCUUUCCUACCUCGGUUUUGAAUUCAGUGCCCCUGCACUCGCCCGUCCAUCCACUUACAUUGAACUCUAUUACUGCAAAUUCAUCAUGCUGGGCCCUCUUGGGGACAAGAGACAGUACGGUUCCAUGAGGUGAGGUGAUGAUAACAUGACAUUUCAUCUAUACGCAAUACAGAAGCCCUUAUUUAUUUCAUUCAGAUCCAGACGCUGGAGUGACUGUCUACAUCAGAAGGGAAAAUAUGCUUUUAUGUUGAGAUGGAGUGGAGAUGAAUUCAGUGCAUUGAAGCUCAGGCUAGCUAUGCAAUUUCUAGUUAUCGUGUGCUAAAUUUAGCAAACUCCAGGUUUUAGCUCAGAUAAUCUAAGGACUUUACUUAGAACAUGGAGAUAUUGUUCCCAGAAGUAGAUGCCCUUCAUUCUGGAUGAGAACUUCCAUUCUAUAGACCCAGGGUAGGUCAUUAUUUUGAAAGAAUGAAUCUCUUCGGAGGAAGAUAAUAUGUGCAUAUUUAUGAGUGUUUUUAAUAAUUUCUGAAAUAUUUGUGCAUUCACUACUGUACAUCUAGACCUUGCUGGAGCAGAAAGAACCACAUUUUUUAAAAGUCCCUCAGACCUGUCCAAUUGCUUCUUAGUUCCUGCCUCCUUCCCCUCUCUUAAUUAUAGACUUGUGUUAAAGUGUAAGCAAUAAACAGCUGUGUCAGGAAAAAAAGAGCUGUAACAAAAAGCACAAUUUACAAAAGAGCAAACCUUGAUAUUACUUGGUGUGGCAAAAACUUGAAUGCUUGCUUUUUUUCCUUUCCUUUGUGGGUUCCUAAAAAAUGUCAUAAUCUGCCAAAUGCAAGUGAAUUAGAAAACUGGAGAAACAAAUGUCUCUCCUUCCCCUUAUCCACCAGUCAGCCUCUGUUGUUUGUUGCUGUACUACUGAGUUCAAGGUUAAAAUCGGAUCCUUACUUGAAAGCCUCUGCUACAUGCUGUUAUCAGCAGAAUGAAGUACAUUUGGGAAGUUAUUUCUAGGUAAGCUAAGGCUGCAAAACCAUGAGGAUUUCAUACUUCAUUCUCCAGCUCAAUCCAGUUAGAGCUGACUUUUCAUCUGAUGUCCUUCAGAUGUCUUCAAUUACAACUCCUGUUAUCAACAGCCAGGAUGUCUAAGGAAUAACCUAGUAUUCUCUAAAUCCUGUAUUUGAUUCCUUCCUUUCCUCUACAAAAUUGCUCUUUUCAAAAGACAGUGAACCAAUUUUGUCAUAACACUAAACUAUAACACAACUUGUUUGUUUCUCACUCAGUUUGUUACUUGAGCAUACCCACUGUGGCUUAGCAUUACAACAGGGCUCUGUGGGCUGUUUGGUAAUAAACCAUGAUUUGAAAAAUCUUAGCUUAGUGUUAAUGUGUGAACAGAGCCUUUUUGUUUCCCAUAUUUCAUUGUUCCAUAAGGGACACCACAACAUCCUACUUCAGGCAUUAACCUUCAAAUAGUACUAGAAAGCUUUGGCAGUUCUAGAAGUAGCAAUAUAGCAUAUCUUUCAUUUUGUCUACCUUAGCCACCAAACAAUAACAGAUUAGCAGGGUGAUAGCUACAACUAGCUAUUCAAAAUACUGUAUUGCCAGAUUCCAGCCUGGCUUAAUUAACAAGGGGGAAAGUGGGUGGAAUUCCUGGGGCCUCAGAGCAUAGUCGAGGACUGUGGGUUGCCCACAUAGUGUAUACCAGUGUUUCUCAACCUUAGCAACUUUUCAGAUGUGAGGACUUCAGCUUCCGGAAUUCCCCAGCCAGUGUGCUGGCUGAGGAAUUGUGGGAGAUCAAGUCCACAAACCUUAAAGUUGCUAAGGUUGAGAAACACUGGUAUAUAUAGAUUCACUCUUAAGGUAUUUUUUCCUGUUAUCUGGUGGUAGAAAGCCCAGUGUUUCACAGUGAAGUUUGACUUGAUUCAGAAAAUUAAACUGCUGCAGACUGAUUGCAUAUUAGUCACUGGGUCAUGUGUAAAGCAUACUUUUGAGCUAAUGGGCUGCCAAAAGUAAAGAAGUUGCUGUAUGUAAUAUCUGACAGCUACACUGUAAGCUCUUGAUUUUUGCUGAUGGGACUGGACACGAAGGGGGCAAAUGAUGUCAAAGCAAAUAUUGUAUCUGAACAGACAAUCCCAUAGCAAAUUGUUACAUAAAGGAGUGUUUUGGAAUUUCUAACUUUGUUCUGUGAAAAUGUAUUUUUCUUUGUACAUUGCAUUUUGAAUUUGUGGAUUUUUAGAUUUUAAAAAGUGGGGGAGAAGAAAGGCAGCCUGAUAAACGAUCAACCUCCCCAAAAAGUGUUUUUCAACUGAAUAACAAUCCUUACUGAAUGACAUGUGGAUUGGUGUUCUUUGUGUUGAUUUCUUCCAUGUCAUAUUCUUGCCCUGGAAUUAUUUAUUUCCUAGCAAUAGGGACUUAAAAACAAAAAACAAAAACAGGCCAUCUGUAUAUUUAGUAUGUGUCUCUACAGGUGGCUCCAUGUUCUGCUGCUGCUUUGUCCUGUCAUCGUUAUUUUUUCUAAAUAUGGGAAAAGGCAAGAAUUGCUUAGAAAACUUGUG